AUAAAAAAUUCUCAAAUGUGAUUGCUAAUGCGACCGGAGUCAUCUCAAAAUCUAGUGCAGUUUUUAAGCUAGCUUUAUCCCAUUCGGUACAAGUAAGAGUUAAGAAGGCCCAUUAUGUCUGGCUUAAGAAUACAGGACUCUAAGCCUAAUACUGGAGCAGGAUGCUGCUGCGCUCCAAGCCGAACUAAUAUCGAAACGAAUAUUCAAUCUGGAGCAGCCGUACUACCAUGCGGCGGUCCACAGGGUCAACACUGUGCUGUAAGAUAUGGGCCUCCAGCCGCAUCUGUAUAUAAAAGGCCUCGAAACCAAGCCCAGUGCCAUCAUUGCAGGCGAAAGACAAAAAAGCGAUGCGCCAUUCAGUAAACUCUGGCGCAAGCAGUUGUCGCAAUAAAAAAUUUACAAUAUUUAAGUAAUCAAAGCUGGCUUUACAGAAUCACCAAACUUUUAGUUUUUCCAAAUCAUUUAGAAAAAUUUCAAAAUUCAAGUCGGCUGCAGAACAAAAAUAUCUCCAAAUGUAAAUUGCAAACAAAAAAAAAUAAGCUGAACUCCACCUUGAAAGCUGAAGCUGGCGAAAUCUAGUCCAUUGUUAACUACUCCCACCGAGACCCAAGAGUAAGAUGUCCCAGCCAAAUAUGUCUAGCGAGCCUUCAGAGCCUAGAUCGAAUUGCCAAUGUACUCCACUGCAUCAACGACAAGAACAACGGGCUUCACCUUUGCAACCAGAGAUAAUACGAAUUCCUUGCACUAGCGGACCUCUUCCCGAGUUGCAACCCAAUCAGUAUUACGGUUGUCAAGAUCGCAAACAGAAACGGAAGUGCAGCAUACAAUAGAUUUUAUCUUGAGCAAUGAUAUCGGAACGGGAAUAGGCUUUAUACUCUAAAACAAUCGGCAUAGCAGGCGUUACAAAUGGAGAAACUAAAGAGGCUGCUUGUAAAAUAGUGACAUCCACAUUUAGCAAAAUUUUCAGUUUUUCAUUCAAACACUAAGCAAUCCUUAGGACUUACGGCAUUGAACCCAAUGUGAUUGCUGAUGGGCAAUCGCCUAGGCUACGGCGCGGCGCCUUGUAACAUACAGCGCAGGUACGCAAAUUGCCCCAAUCGCCAGGGAUGUCAUCCUGAAAGCUGCGUUUGGCACGGGACUCACAGAGACAUGUGUAGAAAACGCAGCCGGAACUGUUUUGUCAUUCGCAGUCCACCUCUUGCCAAACCACGACAGCGGUCACUAUGCCGUCAAGGGCGUUUCUCAAGCGUAGAUUCAGAGUGCUGUUGUCCACCGCCAGAACCAGUUUUGCGGCGACCAUGCCGUCAGAUAGCGUCCUCAAGUACAAUUGACUGCUGUUCGCCACUGGAACCUGCCCCGCCGCCAGCCCAAUUGACAUGUUAUCCCGUAAGGCAACCAAUGCCGGAAAACCCAGUUUGCGGUCUGCCUAGACAACGGAUGUGUGAACCACUGCGAUCUCGAUGUCCGACUCAGUUGCCACCCAUACUUGCUGCACCUAUGCCGCCGCCAUAUCAACCUUGUUAUUCGAAUCAUUAUGGACAAGCUGAUCAUUACGCACCUGUGGUUCAGAGAAUGAACGAGUGUAUUGACGAACCGUUUGAUCCCUACUAUGAUUAUGACUGUAGUCAACGAAGGCCAGGAGCUGAUCGAUUGGCUAACUUUGAUUUAAACAGAUUCGAUCGCGACAAUGUUGGACGUCGAAGAAAUGUCAGCAUUCGCACUUGCGUGGACUAUGAUUAUGAACCAGGACACGUAGUUAACCAUAGGCAACCAUAUGCCUUUUGCAAUCGCCCUUUAUAUCCAAAUUCACGCCAACCAUGUCUAUAUCCACAAUUUGUACCCACACGACUGAAUCGUUGUCCUUCGCAGCGGAAUUGCUCCGCCGUCGACAGACAAUGCCCAAACUGAAUUUGAAAAUGUGAAU